AUGCCCGGCAACUGGCACUUUGUUGUCAAGCCCUCCGCCCUUCAACUGGUGCAGGAUCGUCCGUGCGAUGGGACGCUACGGGGACGGCUUUCAGACAAGGGCGGCUUGGGCGGCAGUGUGAAGCACAUAUGUGUGCCUCACCGUAGCCCCCUUUUGUUGCGAGACUUUUGGGGGAGAACCAAGACACAUUCAUUACGGUGUCUUUCUACUGGUACCAGAAGCGAAGAAGAAUGGAUCAAGCCACAAGUUAUCAGACUUUCAUUCGAACUUGAGCUGUCGGGCAAGCCUUCAAUGUAG